UAUAGUAGCCUAGCUAGCCUAAUGGCUUUUGCUUCGUAUGCAUACUUCGCCACAAGGUUCAUAAAGGCCGUUCCUUUCCCACCACCAUCGCCCCGUCGCUUUGCACCGCCAAAAACCCCACCUCCUUCCAAAUGGAAGCGAAGGCUCUUCUUGCGGGAAGACGAGCUCGCGAAGAGUGCGACUCGGACGUCAUCGAACGAUUCGAGGAGGCGUGCGAGAACGCCGGGGCUGUCCAAGCCGAGAUGCUGCGGCGGAUCCUCGUGGCGAACCACGGCACGGAGUACCUGUGCAGGUGGCUGGGGGACGUGGAGGUGGAGGGGAUGGACGCCGGCGCAUUGGAGUCUCUGUACAGGUCGCACGUGCCUCUCGCGUCUCAUGCAGAUUUCGAGCCCUUUAUCCAGAGGAUUGCGGACGGGGACACGUCUCCGGUGCUCACUCGAGAGCCCAUUCAACUUCUCUCGCUAAGUUCUGGAACUACUGACGGAAGGCAAAAGUACGUGCCCUUCACUCGCCAUAGCUCGCAGACCACUCUCCAGAUUUUCAGAAUUGCAGCUGCAUAUCGAUCCAGGGUAUACCCGAUUGGUGAAGGAGGGAGGAUUCUUGAAUUCAUCUACAGCAGCAAGCAGUCCAAGACCAAAGGCGGCCUCACGGCCGGCACCGCCACGACCCACUAUUACUCGAGCGAGGAGUUCAAGAUCAAGCAAGAGAAGACCAAUUCCUUCACCUGCAGCCCCGAGGAGGUCAUCUCCAGCGGCGACCACAAGCAGUCCACCUACUGCCACCUCCUCCUCGGGCUCUACUUCGCCGACCGCAUCGAGUUCAUCACCUCCACCUUCGCCUACAGCAUCGUCCAGGCUUUCCGGGCCUUCGAGGACCACUGGCGGGAGAUCUGCGGUGACAUCCGGGCCGGCGGGCUCAGCCCAAGGAUCACCGUCGAGAAGACGCGGCAGGCCGUGCUGGGGAUCGUGUCCCCGAACCCAUCCCUCGCACGGCGGCUCGAGGCAGCCUGCGAGGAGCUAGAGAGGAAGGACUGGUGCGGAGUAAUACCCAAGCUGUGGCCUAAGGCUAAAUACGUCUACUCCAUAAUGACAGGCUCCAUGCAGCAUUACUUGACGAAGCUGAGGCACUACGCCGGGGGGUUGCCACUGGUGAGCGCCGACUAUGGGUCGACCGAGAGCUGGAUCGGGGUGAACGUGGAUCCAAGUCUGCCUCUGGAGAGGGUGACUUUCGUGGUCGUGCCAACCUUCUCUUACUUCGAGUUCAUACCGCUUCACCGGCAGAAGAAUCGGAGCAGCAGAAAGAACGGCGAAGCCAUAGAUGAUGAUUUUGUGGAGGAUGAGCCAGUGUCUCUCUCUCAGGUCAAAGUUGGGCAAGAGUAUGAGAUUGUGCUCACUACUUUGACUGGGCUUUACAGAUACAGGCUCGGAGACGUGGUGGAGGUGGCCGGCUUCCACAAGGGCACGCCCAAGUUGAACUUCAUAUGCCGGAGGAAGCUGAUCCUGACCGUGAACAUCGACAAGAACACCGAGAAGGACCUCCAGCUGGUGGUGGAGAGAGGCUCCCAGCUGCUGCGGAAGGCGAUGGGGGAGCUGGUGGACUUCACGAGCCACGCCGACGUCUCCAAGCCGCCCGGCCACUACGUGAUAUACUGGGAGAUCAAGGGAGAGGUGGAGGAGAAGGUCCUCGGCGAGUGUUGCAGAGAGAUGGACGCUUCGUUUGAAGAUCACGGCUACGUGGUCUCUCGGAAGUGCAAUUCAAUAGGGCCACUGGAGCUCUGCAUUGUGGAGACGGGGACUUUUAGGAAGAUUUUGGAUCAUUUCAUAGGGAACGGGGCUGCGUUGAGCCAGUUCAAGACCCCAAGGUGCACCAGCAACCAAGUCCUCUUGAGCAUCCUCAAUGGGUGUGCCAUCAAAAGGUUCUACAGCACAGCGUAUGGUUGAGAGUUAGGGAAGACUCGCAUCACAAGAAUGAAAUGUAGGAACGCGAUUUCGAAGUGCAAUUGAGUUAGUUGUGAGAUAAUCGGCGAGGACUUAUUGGUAAAAUUUUCUCUUGAAGUAUGAAAGUGCUCAUAAUAAUGUCGAAUAUCUUAUUAACGCUCUC